UAUCUCCUAUAUCUCCUAUAUCUCCUAUAUCUCCUAUAUCUCCUAUACCUCCUAUACCUCCUAUAUCUCCUAUACCUCCUAUAUCUACAUAUCUAUCUACCUCUUACCCCUAGGACAUAAUCGAGUUUCCGGGGAUAUUCUCCGAAGACAUCAUAUGCUCAGAACAUAUGAAAAAAAUUUUAAAAAAAUAUAAUUUAGUAACACUAUCAAAACAAGAAAAUGUUCAUCGAGAAAUAGCGAAUAUUAUUGCAUUACCAUUAAUACUUCCAAAUGAAAUAAAUAAUUGUAUGGAAAAUAUUAUUGAUGAAUUAUGUAAUUAUGAUUCAGAACUAGAAAAAUUAACUAAUUAUGUUAUCAAAAAUUACAUAGAAGAUGCUCGAUUUUCUUCGGCUAUGUGGAAUAAUUUUGAUACAAUCGAUGAAAGACCACUUGGAGGUCCUGAUCAAAUGCGUUUGUUAAAAUAUCUAUUGACUGAUAAUCAACAUCAAGCAAUUACACGACCUGUUCAAAAUGACUCGGACACAUUACAUGUUACUAUAAAUUUGGCUUUACAACACAUUAUUGAUUUUGAUGAAAAGAAUGAAGCUAUUGUCAUUAGUGGCUGGUUGUCUAUCACUAGUAGCUUACUUAGAGAUCUCAAUUCAUAUUUACUUUCAACUUAA